GUUUGCGGCAAUGGCUGCUUCUGAUUUCAAAACUGAUGCGGAUCUGGCUAACAAAGCAGCUGAGGGAUUUGUCAGCCUUUAUUAUGAAACCUUUGAUAAAAGGAGAAGACAAUUGACCAAGUUAUACAUGGACACUGCUACAUUAGUCUGGAAUGGAAACCCAAUAUCUGGGCAGGAGGCUCUUGUUGAGUUCUUUGAAAUGUUGCCAUCCAGUGAAUUUCAAGUCACCACGUUUGACUGUCAGCCUGUUCAUGAACAAGCGACUCAAGGACAGAAGACUGUACUGGUUGUUACUCAUGGCUCUGUGAAGUUUGAGGGAAACAAAAACCAUUACUUCAACCAGAACUUUUUAUUGACUCUCCAUACUUAUCCAUCUAACAGGCUGUGGAAGAUUGCCAGCGACUGUUUCCGUUUCCAGGACUGGGCCAGCUAAAGGCAACCAGCUGACAAUUUUAUUUAAGACAAACCUAUUUCCAGAAUAUAAUUGAUAAAUUGCUACUAGGAGUGUAAAGAGGUGCCUACAGGUUGCAUGUUUUUACAAGCUGCCUCCUUUCUCACAAACCCAGGCACUGUAUUAUAGCUAGCUAGCUUAUUAGGCAAAUUAGUGAGAUUCAGGAGCAAGAUAUCAACUUCUAAAAUGGAAAUGGCAUUUUGACAUAUUGGAAUGCCUAGGUUUUCAGAGGGCCUUGGUCACUUGUAAGGUUACCAAAGGCACCUCAAAUCCUUGCCAAUCCUAGUAGAAGUUUACAAAGUUUAUUCUAAAUCG